AUGCCCUCGCCUGUCUUCGCCUAUCCUCUGUUCGCCGUCGCUUGUAUCCUCAGCUCUGCUUUACUAUUAUGCGUGCUCACAACGAGCUUCAUCCGACAGCGCUGGAACCCUGGUGUCUUCUUCCUGUGCUUCUGGUUAUUCUGGGGCAACCUCACCUACGGAGUCAAUGGAGUUCUAUGGUCUGACAAUGCCGACGUCAAAGCAUUCAUCUACUGCGAUAUAGUCACACGCUUGCAGAUAAUCGUCAAUGUUGUCAAGCCCAUGGCGACUCUCAUCAUCGUUCGCCGACUGUACAAGAUCGCCCAUGUCCGCUCGGUGGACCCGCGUAACCGACGCGUGGAUCUGCUCGUGGAGUGUACGUUGGGUCUGAUACUGCCAGCUCUGAUAGCUGGGCCACUGUACUAUAUCAACGAGGGUGCUCGCUUUCAAGUCCUCGGCGGCUUUGGCUGCGCAUCCGUUCAGUACCCGUCGAUCUUGCCCAUUCUUACCAUAUCCCUCUAUACCAUCGUCCCUCCUUUGCUCUCAGUCGUGCUUUACUACCCUCGGAUGAUCCUGGUCUUCUACCGUCAGUACAGAGAGAUCAACGAGUUCCUACAGAGCAAUGACAGUUCGAUCACGCGCACGAACUAUAUCCGCAUUCUUGCGCUAGCCAGUAUCGAUGUUCUCGUAACACUCCCCUUGGGCGCCAUCAGCCUUGCGCUCUUCCUAAUCCCGGCGACGAGAAACGACGGUGACAUCGAGGCUUCCAACAUCACCUUCUAUCCCGGAUGGCACUUCCUACAUACCAAUUGGGGUCCGACCGGGAGCACAUACGACGAGAUCAAGGCCGCAGGAAAUCUCAGACUGCAGCAGCUUUACUUCUCGUAUUGGACUGGACCAUUGUUGGCCUUUGUGAUCUUUGGCCUCUUCGGCUUGACGCCCGACGCUCGUGCAACUUACGGACAGCUCGUCGGCGCACUGAUGAGGUUCUUGCGGAUGAGGUCAACCGGUUCUCUUCAAGCACCUGUCUCCUCCAGUCCUCUGAACUUCCGCGUCAACCAUCAAGUGUGCAACAUCGAGUUGCAUGGCAUAGGAGGGACAAGCACAACCUCUCGCGAUGACAUUGUCGUUGACGUUGUGUUGACGAUGGACCACAGAGAUGAGGAAAUGGAAUGCAAUAUAGCCGUAGAGCGAGUAGACGUUCCUUGUGUGACAUCAAACUCGGAUGCCGAUGGGGCUCUAGAACGG